CGACGUGCAACUUGACAGGUUAGAAAGGGAGUGUUGAAGGGAGGAAGUAUUGGUCAUAUCAAGAGAUUAAACAAAAAUGGUGAGCAGUUGGCUCCUUUCUACUGCUGCUAAGAGGUUGGAAGGAAAAGUAGCAAUAAUUACUGGUGGUGUCGGUGGCAUCGGAUCUAGGAUAGCGCAGCUAUUCUGUGAACAUGGUGCCAAAGUCCUAAUAGCCGACACCAGAGAUGAUGAAAGCCAAUCUAUCUGCAACUCUUUGUUUGUUCACUGUGAUGUCACAAGCGAAUCAGACGUCCAAAACGCGGUGAACAAAGCAGUCUCCACCCAUGGAAGGCUUGACAUAAUGGUGAACAAUGCAGGCAUCUUGGGAGCCAAGGAAUCCGGCAUUCUUGAGAGCGACACAGCAGAUUUCAUUAACGUGUUUCGCGUUAACGUCAUGGGUGCGUUUCUGGGAACGAAACACGCUGCUCGUGUGAUGAAACCCGCGCAAAGGGGGAGCAUAAUAAACAUGGCUAGUAUUGCGGGUGUGAUAGCCGGGUCCCCCCAUGCUUAUACGUGCUCAAAGCACGCCAUUGUUGGCCUCACUAAGAACACUGCCCUCGACCUGGGCCGAUACGGCAUCCGAGUCAACUGUGUUUCCCCUUAUGCAGUUCCUACACAGAUGGCAAGGACCUAUUUUGGGUUGGCAGAGGAUGACAAAUUUGAUGUGUAUUCAAGCCUUAAAGGUGUGGAUUUGAUGGCAGAGGAUGUUGCAGAGGCUGUUCUUUAUCUUGCAGGUGAUGAGUCCAAGUAUGUGAGUGGCCACAAUCUUGUUGUGGAUGGUGCCAUCACUGUUUCUAAUUCAGCCGCCUUAAAUGUUUUCACCCAAUAGUUUAUAUUCCAUACGCAUUGUUUUAAAGAACCUUAUUUGUGUUAGUUUAUAUUUCCAAGUCCAUAUUCCUAAGAUAAUGUACUUGUGUAUGGUUGAAAAUUUCAAUAAUGUAGUAGUUGCACGGGCUUAGCUCAGUAAUUUAAUAAGUAGUAUUUGUGAGAAAAAAUCAAUAUUACGUUUGAAACUUAGUAGCUGCAAAACUCUUGUGUGCACCACUGCACCGCCAUUUGGCAUUUUCUGCUGAGCCAUUGAGUUGUCGGGACGUGGGGAGAGCUUGGAGUUAAUUGGGGAUUCAACCUUGUGGAAGAAGAUAAUUCCCUUAUUGUAUUAUUAACAUGUUUGGCUGAUGUGAAUUUUCUUUAAUGUUUUCUUUUUUACUUUAA